ACUGGCCUUCUCCUCUCUUGGCUGGAGCGCGCAGCCAAUGGACGUGCAACUAAGGCGUGUUCUAGCCGGCGUGGGUGGAUGGGAGAAGAAGCGUGUUAGUCGGGAGCUGACAGCCAGAGAAAAAGCUCGUGGUUAGAUUUUCGUUAUCCAUCAUGGCAUCCAAGUGCCCCAAGUGCGACAAGACUGUCUACUUCGCUGAAAAAGUAACUUCCUUGGGAAAAGAUUGGCACAAAUUUUGUUUGAAAUGUGAGCGCUGCAACAAGACCUUGACACCUGGCGGGCAUGCAGAGCAUGACAGUAAGCCUUACUGUCACAAGCCUUGUUAUGCAAUGCUGUUUGGACCAAAAGGUGUAAAUAUUGGAGGAGCAGGAUCCUAUAUUUAUGAUAAAACUCCUUCUGAAGGAGAAUUUGUACCAGGCCCUAUUGAGCAUGAAUCCAAAAUGGAAGAAAAGAAAAUGAAUGUUGCACCAAAAGGACCUAGCAAAGCCUCAAGCAUUACUACGUUCACUGGAGAGCCCAAUGUCUGUCCACACUGCUCCAAGAAAGUCUAUUUUGCUGAGAAGGUGACUUCAUUGGGCAAGGAUUGGCACCGUCCCUGUCUACGCUGUGAGCGUUGCAAGAAGACUCUUAUUCCUGGAGGCCAUGCUGAGCAUGAUGGACGGCCAUAUUGCCACAAACCAUGCUAUGGGAUCCUGUUUGGACCAAAAGGAGUGAACACAGGUGCAGUUGGAAGCUACAUCUAUGAUAAAGAAACUGAAGCAAAAGAUCAACCUUGAGAGCUUAUUCUAGCCAACUAUCCUCCUGCUUAGCCCAUUUUUACUGCAUUCUUUUGAGGAUAAGGUGGCUGUGUUAUUUUGUAUGCUCCCCAGACAGGAGAUGGUAUUCUGUUCCCUCUUCCAUUUGUAAUGGCUGUCCUUUAAAAAGACAGAGCUGCUUCUCCCUCACUUUUAUUUCACUUCAACUAUAUGUGUUCUGAGGAAAUAUCUUUGUUGCCAUUAUUUUACAUGAUAGAACACAAUUUUGUCGUGUCCCCUCCAGCCUUUGCAGUUAUUAGUUCAUUUUUUAAAGGUCCAACUUACAAUUCACUAUUAAUGGCUGAACAGUUGGAGGAAUAAACAAAUUCUUCAGGGAGGUUUAAAAAAAAUCAGGCAUAUUUUUGAACAUGGCUGUUAAAUGUAGAAUGAUGACUCCUAGAUUGAGAGCCAAGAUUCUUACCAGCUAUGGAUUGCUUUCCUACAUAAAGUUUCAUCACUGUUCAGAGCUAAUCCCUUGUUGAAGCAGAUGUCAGCAGCAAGCUCUUCCUAGCAGCUGACAUAGGGUCCAAUAUAUUUAGCUGAAGCUAAAGUGUUGUUUUUUAAAAAUAGUUUGUAUUCUUGAGAAAUCUGUCAAAUUAUGACCCUACUAAUAUCAUAACAGAAGAGAAUGGAUAUGGAAGUAUGUUAUUUAUGUAGGUAUCUGUCACAUACGCAUACAUGGAAAAUAUUACUGUUUGCCAACCAAUGUGUCCUCUUUGCUACAAAGGCAAUUCGGAAAUAAAACUCUGUUUGGUUAUCAAUGACAGACACUUGCAAAUACAGAACUUUUAUUAUACACAUUAGAAAACUACAGCAUUAUUUUUUGAUAUAAUCACCAUUCAAAUUGAGGCACUUAUCAUAACAUCUUACAAGGAUUGAAAUUCCUUAGCAGUAGUCUCUCAGUGCCAAAUCUGGGCUAUAUGGGGGGAUGAUCAAAAGAAUCCCAACAGAACUGCUUCAAAAGUUCUUGGGUAUGUCUAGCGGUGUGUGGGCAUUAUCGUGAACCAGCACACUGGAAGUGGUGCCAUAGAAAAUCCUGCAAAAUGUGAAGAUGCCAAAGGAGUAAUGCUAGUGAAGUUUAUGGAGCGUGGUUCAACCAUCAAUUCAGAAGUCUACUGUGAAACAUUACGAAAACUCAGACAAGCCAUCCAUAACAAGCAUCAGGGCAUGCUGACUUCCGGUGUGGUGUUGGUUCACGAUAAUGCUCGUCCAGACACCACUAGAUGCACCAAAGAACUUUUGAAGCAGUUUUGUUGGGAUGUUUUUGAUUAUCCCCCCAUAUUCCAGAUUUGGCAUCGAGUGACUAAUGUGUAUAAUAAAAGUUUUGUAUCUGUGAGUGUCUGCCAUUGAUAAUCAAAAGGAGGUUUAUUUCCGAAUUGCCCUUAUAUAAAGACCAAGCAGCAAAAAUGGGAGAAGUAGAGAAAGAGACAUUGUGUGUUAGGAUGGAACCCUAGCUAUUUGCAAAGGAACCAGUUCUGAUCUUUAAUUAUUUAUAUGUUUGAAGUUUAUUUAUAGACAGAUAGUAUUGUUCUUUUUUUGCUUUGGAGAAUAGUUUAUCCUUCUAGUGUUUUAGCGACCCUUGGUCAUUAGCUUAAGUUCAGAAGGCACAAUCAGAACUAAUCAAGGGUGUGAGCUGAGGUAGCACUAACAAUUUUUCAUUGUAAAACCUGCACUACCCAACCUGCAGAUUAGUUUUUCCAACUCAGAAUGCUUAUCUGCAUAACUUUUGCAAUUAAUAAAGAUGUUUGACUACUUA